AUCAUUAUUUUCAUCGUAGUGGUGGACCGGCUUGAGCCAUUGGAGCGGCAGUCUCGUCUGGCGCUUUCAACUCGAACAUUCUAUCUGUUCCGUCCAAACCGAAACUCAAAAAUUAUGGCUAAGAUUGCGCGCAUUUUGGCUAUUGUUUUUUUCGCUCUUUGUACGACGAUCGGGUUGGAAGCUGCCAGAUUGAGCGAAACCGAAGUGGAUCCGGUGAUGCCCAAUUUUUACGCUUUUGACGUGCUCGAAGAUGGUGAGGUGGAGCGCCGGUUUUCAUUCAAUGGCAUUGCGCUCAAGGAAACGGCUGCAGUCUUCACGCUCAACGGGACCAAAGAAGGAGCUGUGCUCCGCCAAAUGACUGACGGACGUCAUUUGAUUCAGCUGAUAUACGACGCUGACCUGUCACUGCAAGAUUGCGAAUACAUCACAGAUACAGAGACGGCUCUUGCCUUCCAAGAGAAACUAACUAACGAAUAUCGGCAGUUAUCAUCCAUCGGUCACAACACUACCAUUCGCAUUAUCGAGAAACGGUCAGACCUGCCGGAAGAUCUUGCACGAUCAACUGUUUACCGUCGAAUGAAAGCGGAAUGCCGCCAGCUUCACUCACGUAUGCGCAAGGCUGCCCGUCAAUCUGAGGAUCAGUCAUCUGUCAGCAGGAGGAAACGCGAUAUCAUGAUGAUGCCUGGAACGAUUUGGUGCGGAUCCGGGCAUCGUGCCACCCAGUACAAGGAUUUGGGAGCAGAACAGGCCGUCGACCGCUGCUGCCGCCGUCAUGAUCACUGCCCGGAGACAAUCAAGAGUAAGAAAUCCAAGUACGACAUCACCAACAACCGACCGAUCACGAUAUCUGCGUGCGACUGCGAUGAGAGGAGAAGGCGUGAAGCAGAUGAUCUCUACAUAGUUCCCCACACGAAAUGGUGCGGUAAAGGUAAUCGGGCCGAUGGACCAUCUAACCUGGGCGGCUAUGCAGCAGCGGACAGGUGCUGUCGCCAGCACGACAUGCAGUGUCCCCAACACAUCACGGCCUGGUCCGAGAAAUUUGGUCUGUACAAUAGCCGGCCUUAUACGGCCAUGCAUUGCACUUGCGACGACAGAUUCCGUUCCUGUUUAAAGCAAGCUAACACGGCUGCCUCCAACUUGGUAGGCAAACUGUUCUUCAACAUCAUUCAAAUCAAGUGUUUUGUGCUCAAACCAGAGAAAGUUUGCAAGAAAAGCUCGUGGUGGGGGAAAUGUACACAGAAUGAAUGGAGAAAAAGAGCUCACCUCCGCGAUCCCAUUCCGUAUUGAAAUAAGCUUUUGUUCUUGUAAUGCUUCUUAAAAAAUACGAUUAGGAUUAUCGAUAAGAGCUCAGAUUCUUUCUGCCCACAAACGAGAGAGAAAACCAGUGUCGUUUUUUGUUUGUUUAUCAACAGCAUUAGUCGUGCCAGUCAGGAAAACUAUUUUCCUUUGUUCGUUUUUGCUUGCUUCAUUCCUCGCCAGUCUACCCUUCACGACACGAAACGAAAUUCUUUGGUCUGUAAAGCAUCUACGUCCAAUUUGUUGUUGAUAUUAUCGCCGAUCUGAAAAAGAUUUCGCAUUUAACGUAGCAGAAGAUAUUUUUUCUUCUAAUCUACUUUUGUGUAAAUGUCCCUAUACCGCGUCCGUGCAUAUUAUACGUGCGUGCAUGCUCUCUUAUCUAGAAGCCGAUUUCGGAAAUUCAAACGAAUUAUUUGAGUUGUUUCUAUUAACUCAAUUUGCCUUGCCAAUUGCAUCCUAUGAGUGUUCCAGUGUGGCCAAAUAAACAUGUCGUGUAACGUUUUGCGCAACGAUGUGGCAAUAGAA